GCGCGCGCAGCGAUGGCGGAGGCGGUGGAGCGCACAGACGAGCUGGUCCGGGAGUACCUGCUCUUCCGUGGCUUCACGCACACACUGCGGCAGCUGGAUGCGGAGAUCAAGGCGGACAAAGAGAAGGGGUUCCGGGUGGACAAGAUUGUGGACCAGCUGCAACAGUUGAUGCAGGUUUACGACUUGGCUGCCCUUCGGGAUUAUUGGAGCUACCUGGAACGCAGGCUCUUCAGCCGCUUGGAGGAUAUCUAUCGACCUACCAUCAACAAACUGAAAACCAGCCUGUUCCGCUUUUAUCUUGUCUACACAAUCCAGACAAACCGAAAUGACAAGGCACAGGAGUUCUUUGCAAAGCAGGCCACGGAGCUCCAGAACCAGGCUGAGUGGAAGGAUUGGUUUGUCCUGCCCUUCUUGCCGUCCCCAGACACCAACCCCACCUUUGCUACCUACUUUUCUCGACAAUGGGCCGACACAUUCAUUAUUUCUCUGCACAACUUCCUGAGCGUCCUCUUUCAGUGCAUGCCGGUUCCUGUGAUCCUGAACUUUGAUGCGGAAUGCCAGAGGACCAACCAGGUCCAAGAAGAAAAUGAAGUUCUGCGCCAGAAGCUUUUUGCACUGCAAGCUGAAAUCCAUCGACUAAAGAAGGAAGAGCAGCAGCAGGAAGAAGAAGCAGCAGCUUUGGUCCAGCAUAAGCUGCCGCCUUAUGUUUCCAGUAUGGACCGCCUUGGGGACUCGGAGCUAGCACUGGUGUGCAGCCAGAGGCCUGCCUCCCUCUCCCAGUCUCCUCGAGUGGGGUUCCUGUCCUCACUGCUGCCUCAGAGUAAGAAGAGCCCUUCGAGGUUGUCACCUGCCCAAGGCCCCCCUCAGGCUCAGAGUUCAGCCAAGAAAGACUCCUUCAGCAGUCAGGCUACCAAGGGAAAGGACUCAGUGCCCGGGGCCAAGGAUGGGAAGAGCCUUCUGAGCGGGCCGGUCCCCGGGGAAGCCAGCUGGACACAUCAGCGACAACGGCGUCUGCAGGACCACGGCAAGGAGAGGAGGGAGCUGCUCUCUACGUCCUCCUCCCAGUCACAGUGUGCAGAGAGGAAGCCGGAAGUUAGUGGCGCAGAGGCUGAGCCCUGCCUGGAACUCCACAUGGGGCCAGUAGAGGUGCUGGCCCGGGUGUCCACAGCCGGGUCUGAGGGAGACCGUCCGGAGCAGCCCUUCAUAGUGCUGAGCCAAGAAGAGUAUGGAGAACACCAUUCAUCCAUCAUGCACUGCAGAGUGGACUGCUCUGGUAGGAGAGUGGCCAGCUUAGACGUAGAUGGGGUCAUCAAGGUGUGGUCCUUCAAUCCCAUCAUGCAAACCAAAGCGUCCUCCAUUUCUAAGUCACCACUGCUCUCCCUAGAGUGGGCCACCAAGCGAGACAGGCUGCUCCUGCUGGGCAGUGGUGUGGGGACAGUGCGUCUCUAUGAUACAGAAGCCAAGAAGAACCUCUGUGAGAUCAACAUCAAUGAUGACAUGCCCAGAAUCCUGUCUCUUGCCUGCAGCCCCAACGGGGCCUCUUUCGUCUGUUCAGCCGCAGCUCCCAGCCUCACCUCCCAGACAGACUCCUCCGCCCCGGAUAUCGGCAGCAAAGGCAUGAACCAGGUUCCUGGCAAGCUGCUGUUGUGGGAUACAAAGACCAUGAAGCAGCAGCUUCAGUUCUCACUGGACCCAGAGCCCAUUGCCAUCAACUGCACGGCUUUCAAUCACAACGGGAACCUGCUGGUCACAGGGGCGGCUGACGGUGUCAUCCGGCUCUUUGACAUGCAGCAGCACGAGUGUGCUAUGAGCUGGAAGGCCCACUGCGGCGAGGUCUACUCUGUGGAAUUCAGCUGUGACGAGAAUGCUGUGUACAGCAUCGGCGAGGACCGCAAGUUCAUCCAGUGGAAUAUCCACAAGAGUGGCCUCAAGGUGUCUGAGUCCAACCUCCCUUCAGAUGCCACCGGCCCCUUUGUCCUGUCUGGCUACAGUGGCUACAAGCAGGUUCAAGUUCCCAGAGGCCGGCUCUUCGCUUUCGACUCUGAGGGCAAUUACAUGCUGACGUGCUCUGCCACAGGGGGCCUCAUCUACAAGCUGGGCAGUGAAGAGAAAGUUCUAGAAAAUUGUCUGAGCCUGGGUGGCCACCGUGCCCCUGUGGUCACCGUGGACUGGAGCACCGCCAUGGACUGUGGGACGUGCCUCACAGCCUCCAUGGAUGGCAAGAUCAAGCUGACUACCCUCCUAGCCCAUAAGCUCUGAUGUCGGGCCCGGCUGACACGGCACGGGAAGCAGAACCGUCUCUGGCAGAAGAGAGAUGAGACGGGGGACAGGACAGGGCUCUGGUUCUGCACUGCCAGGGUGGUGGAUCUUCAGGAAAGCCCCCAAGGGGGCUCAGUCGUCCUGACGAAGCCCCUGGAGCAGGAGAUGUGGAGCAGGCUGCGUGUACUCCCUGGAGACUAGAACCGUGGCUAUAGCGGAGCAUGCUCCAGAGCACAGGACUGAUGCUAAGGAAGGAGCCACAGUGGCCGGCGCACCCUGUUCGGUCCAAGAGGCAUUGACUGUAUUUUGUACAUAAUUGCUUAUUUUUCUUAUUUAAGGGGAAAAAAAAAUCAGAGCAAGGUAAUGCUCUUACAGUCA